AUGAUGCUUAGAAAACAGAAUGCGAUGUGCGCAAUGGAGAUGGAGAUAAUUAAAAUGAUCAGCAAAUCAAUCAAUAGAUAACCUCAGAAAUCCAGUAUAUUCUUAUUUCUUUUAUCUAUACAUAGAAAGCUUCUUAUCCUACAACGAGAUUCUUCAAAACAAGAGGAACUCUAGAGUGAGUGCGAAUAGUUUACCAAAAAUGCAACUUUUCAGUAGUGGUAUGAUAAAUCGCAAGAUCCCUCAUUUAAGAAAGCCUACUAGCAAAUUUGGCUAGAUUACUCAGUAAUGGUUAGAGACUCAGACAAAGUUAUUGAGUAUAUGAUUCAGAAUAAAAUAGGGCAUGAUGAUGCUAAAGUCUACAUAUAACUAGCCUAUUUUUAUGAAAAGUAUCAGAGAGAGUUCAAGAAAACUUAGUAAAUUUACAUAAGUGCGAUAGAAAAGAAACUAAAUGAAAAAUUCACCUCACAAUUAAUAUAAAAGUAUAGGGAAUUUUCUGAGAGGAUGCAAAGGAGAACUGAGAGAGAUGUAAUCAUAAAAAUAGGAGAGCUAUAGUUCAAAGAUGUUGUCUAAAAUAAAAAGAAGAGGAAGCUCGAAGAAAUUUAUGAUAAUUUGAAUGAGUCUCUAGAUUCUAAUGCUUCAAGUUCUUCAAAGAAAAGAAGAAUAAAGAAGGAAAUUGAAAGUUGUCAUGAAAAAGUUUAAGAAUAUCAAGAUGGUAUUGAAUAUUUGAGGAUGAUCAGACCUGAAGCUAUUGAUAUGAAUAUAGCUGAAUAAACUCUUAAAGAGCUGGAAUCUAAGCCUCUAAGUUGGAUUUCAAAAAUGUAAACUCACUUAGUAGAUGGAUUUUCACAUAUUAUCUCGGAUCAAGACUCUUGCUCAAAUUUCAAUUUUUCUGUCUCCAACAUCGAUAUUUAAAAGAAUAUUACUAUAUCAUAGUAAUCACAGGAUAAAUAAUAAAGUAAAAUUAGAUCUGGAGAUAUCAGUGAUAUUAAUUGCCAAAUAUAGAACCUGCCUUACACAUCAUAAUAAGAUGCCCAAUCAAAGAAUCAGAUCAUUCAGAAAUAUAAUCAAAUACCAAAAGGGCAACAUCUUGAGGUCAUUGGUGAGACAAGCUAGGAAGGUUUUAGCAGUAAUUCAAUUACAAUUAGUAAAUCUUUGAAUAAUGUAACAGCAUUAAAUCAUCACUAGAAUAAUUAGAAUAGAAAAUCCUAGCAAGCUGAGGAAUCAAAAGGUGGAAUAGAUGAUACAAAUCUAUUCAAAAGUGCACAUAAUUCUUUCUAAUAGCUUGAUCUAUCCUACAAGAAACCUCCAAAUGAUUUUAAAGUGGAGAUGCCCUCUGUUAACUAGAUCCCGCAAAAUUAGAACUAAAAUUCAUUAAAUUUCAGUGAGGACACGAUGAGAAAUAAUUUAUAAAAUCUGCUCUAAGGAAAUCUUGCAUAAGUUGAUAUAAACUCGCUUAUACAAUAGCUAAAUAUGCUUUAAAGUAAUACCAACAAUAAUAAUGGUAAUUAAGGAUAAAACUAAUUGCAAUAUCAAAAUAAAAAUUAAGGAAAUUAAUAGCAUUCUAGAUCAUAAUUUGAACUGCCUUAAAAAUAAAAUAACUCUCAGUAGCAACUUGGGGUUCCUGUUACUAAUAAGUCAUAAGAGAAUGGAGGGGAUUAAAACUAGGGAGAAAAUAGAAGAAGAAUUUCUGGAAUGUUUAUGAAUAUAUUUGAGUAAGACUAAAUGAGAUAAUCAAUUGGAGCUGGAGGAAGUGUUAGUCAAUUUAAUAUUUCUCCGAUGCCAGAUACAAAUAACAAUAGACCUACGCUAAUGUAAUAGAAUGCAAAUAUUCAAAAUCAAAAUCAAUCAUAAUUCGAUUACAGCAACAUUUACAAUAAUAAUAAUCAGAGUAAUAAUGUCUCGUUCUUGGAUGUAACUCCUGUAGACAAUAAGUUUACUAGAAACUUAAACCCUAACUAUUCUUAAGAGCUAAUUCUGAAAAAGAGGACUUUAUCAAAUGGAGGAAACCUGAUAACUGCUGCUCAUAACCUUAAUGCUAGAAACUUGUAGAAUAAUAUCUAUUUCAAUGAUAAUGAGAGUUAAAACCAAUAACCAUUUCAAAGUUAACUCAAUCCACAUGAAAAAUAAAUAAUGAGUCCAUUUGGAAUUGUCAGCCCAAUAAAUUGCAAGAGCAACACAAGAAACUCUAAUAUUGCUGAGAAAGAAUCAAGAUUGAACAUGCUUCCUUGUAUUCCCUAGCCGAAUUUCUAAAGAGAUAAUAAUAUGAAUGGGGUCUAUCCAAAUUAGCUUGAUCAUCCUUAAAGGUCUUGUCAAAACUAAGAAAAUUUCCAGCCUUCCCCUAAUUUUGGUAACUAAUAGUCAAUCAACUAACCAUAGUAAAAGUAACAGUCUAGUUCUGCGAUAUCAUCAAGUCAUUUCAACUUUAAUAUUCCUAAUCCUCUAAGUUCAUUUGGUUUCUUCUAAAACUUUUCUUCAUCAAAUAACAAUGAUAAAAAUCAGAAGAAACAAUAAAAUUAAUAGUAAGAAUAUUACAACUAGGAAUAUAAAAGGCAAAGCUCAAAUAACAAUGCCAAAAUGUAGAAUGAGAGUAUGGACAGUGAUAAUUUCAAGGACUGCUUUGAUACAUCUGUGUAAGAUAUUGGGGGAGUCUAGCAAAGAUCCAAUUAACUAGCAACCAAGAAAUCAGUUCCAUCUGCUCUCAAAGGCAAUGUCCAAGUUCAAGUUAGCGAGGACAUCAACUCAAGAACUGGCUCUAAAUCAGUCAGGUUUAUUGGCAAUUGA